CUUACCUCCCUUUGAAAACUUUAUGGCGUCCGUAGAAGCGGGGUGUUUAAUUUGAAAAAAAACAUCCUGUGAAAAUGUCUUUUGUGAGAGUUAGAAGAUCAAACUCUGCUGGGAUACCAAGGAAACAGAAGACUCACAGAAAGAAACCUGCCUGGGAUGACACAAUUCAAGAUUUAACAACACUAAAGGCCACUGCAGAAGAAAUUGAGCAAAGAAAAGCUGCGCACAGGUCCAAAAAUGCGCUGGCUGCUAGACUUGAAAAAAUCUCUAAAGAGAAAGCUAAGAAACAAGACUUGAGUAUUUCCAAUGCAGAGGCAAGACAACUAGCAGUAAUGAAGGAGGUCCUGUAUGACCAACAACAGCUGCAUGAUGUCUUAUCCAAAUCAGACAGAAUGAUGGCAGUUGUAAAGGACCUUUUUGGAGAUGAUCCAAGGAGGUUUACAGGUUUUCCAAAUGUAACAUCUGCUCCUAAUGCUGAAAACAAUGGCAGGUCAAAGUCGAUUGUGGCCAACCUUCCUGAUGUGAAGACACGGAUGGAAACAUUAAGUGAAUCUACGAUGGACCAGUCUGCGCUGAAUGACCUACCGGAAACAGACAGUGACUCAGAGGAAGAAAUGGAGCCCAUCAUGUAUCAACCUAAGAUAGACCUGAACAGAUUUCAGAGGUUUCUGGAGGCAGAGGAGAAGAACAAUACGCUGAGUACCAUUAGUGGGCAGGCCCACCUCAGCCACAUGGACCAGGGACCCAUCCAGAGCACCAGGAUACAGGACACCCAAAGUCUACAGACAACACGAGAUGAUGCAUGCACCACUCCACCUAAAAAGCACAACAAGUCCAUAGAAAUGCUAAGAAGUCCCAAAUCUGCCAUGAAUGAUACCCAAAAGAUAAAGAAAACAAAGAGGAGAGUGGAGCCAGACACAACUCAACAUAAUUCUACAUUCAACUUAAAUGAGCUAAAAAAGGUUCUUGUGCAGCUGGAGAAUGAGAUAGGAGACCUUGAGACACAGACAGGUCGACGUCCGCGGGCAGAACAGCCCCGACAGGAAAGCUUCUCGGGCUACACCAUGUCCCUGGUGGACUCGGUUACUAAGCUCAGCAGAUACCUCAAAGAUUGUGAGAUAAGGUUGAAAACUGAGGCUCUGCUCAGAGAACAGCUGACUCAGGAUGUGAAGCAGCUGACCUCCCUUAUAGAUGCUCUCACGUCAGACAUAAUUCAGACUCAAGAGGAAUACAAUACAUUGAAGUAUGAGUACAGAAAAUACAGGGAGGAGACGGGUCAAGAGAUCAAGGCUCUAAAGGUGUCUUUAAUGAAUGCUGGUCUGUACAUACCAAUAGAACCAGAGCCCCCGCAGAUGGAAACCACUCCACCGCGGGGAAGAAUGCCUGCCCAGAGUUCGUUAGCGCAAGGCAUGGCUAUCCAAAACAAUUUGCAAAAUAGCCAACAGCCCAUGGCUGCUAUACCUCAGCAUUUAAACCCAACAGACGUGGCUAAUCCAUCUGCAGUGCUGCUCUCUCCUCCAGUCAGAAAAACUAGGAUACAGCAACCAAAACCUGAAACAGGUCCCCUUCCAAUGAUGGAUUUUGGUCAACAUUUGGAGGAGCCUGCUCAAUCCGAACAGCCUCCCUAUCAUGGGAGAAGCUUACAACAGCAGGGUCACCUGGAUAUUUCCGACUUGGAACACCCUGAGUCUUCCCAUGUGCCAGUUCCAGCAAGGAGUAAAGUCAUACAGGAAGUGAAGGUAUCUUCUGGGAGAGAGGACCACAGACAUCCUGUUCAGUCCAAUGUUAACAUUCGCCAGGACCCAAGGGGCUCGGUUAAUACCCAGAGUACCACAUCACAGGACAGCAAGUCAAAUGGAAAUCAGCCUGCCCAUGUGAAUGUACCCAGACCCACCCCUCUAGUCCAGAGCACUGUCCAACCCCAGCAAAACGGACAGGUGGAUCUCACUUUACAAAUAGCCCAGCUAAAUAAACAACACGAGGAAGCUCAGAAACGUCUACAGGCGCUGCUGGAACAGCAACAAUCUCAACAGAAGCAACGCGAGACGGCACCACAACAUGGACAGUACAAACUAGCUGUGUCCAACUCUUCGCAGCCUCCAUCUUUACAAAUGGGUAAAAGUACUGGGACUUCAGGGGGCACGACUCUUCUACAACAGGAUCCCAACAGAUACCCACCACAACUGAUUUCAAAUGGAGUCAACCUACCGAAAACUGAGUCUUUGCAACAACCAUCUGAACAGAGAGGACUGCCAGCUUAUCCAGUGUCCCCUCCAAUAUCUCCUAUCUCCCAGAGGUCUGACAACUUCACCAUCAUCCAAGGCAUGAACCAGAAUGCCCGUGUAAACACAGCACCUCCCUAUGGGAUAACGGUUUCCUUGCCAACAGUGGAUUUAUCACUAGACAGUAGUCCUUCACCACGAUGACGAGUUGAUUUGUUGGCGCCUGAACCUCCAAUAUUCCGAGUAGAUAGCUGUUUAUCACUGUUUUAAGUGGUUCUUCCGAGGACAAAAUGUAAUUCAUGUAUCAAUAGGAUGACAAUAGAUUAUUUAUUAAUCAACCACAUGUUUAGUACAUGUAUUUGUACAAUAUCUGCAACUUGUAUAAUAUAGAGACAAUUAAAGAUAUGGAAGUUAU